AUGACCUUUCUCAUUACUCGUGGAAGUGCUUCAGACGAGCUUGACGCUGACAUUGCCGGGCCCGGUGUCAUAAUCGGGUUCAUCCUAUCGAACUUCCUAACCCUGACGGCCGCCACGACAACACUAUGGCUCAGACGUUGGCCGAAGAAGCGAUUGUUGGGCUUGCAAGCAGCGCAAUGGAACCCAAUACUCAACAACUUUGUUCGCGCGCUAUCUGACCAACAGCUCAUCACCGGCCUGCUGCUGAUGGUAAUCGGCUUGGCCAAGUACUAUCACAGCAGUGUCAAUCUAGGUCAUAACAACCUGUGGACUGCCGGAGACAUCGUCAUGUUCUCAAGUGUCACGCAUGCCAUCACACUGAUAACUUUGCGACCAUACUUUCGGAUUCACCACAAACUCGCAAUGUUCAGGGUCGUGCUCAUGUGGAGCACCUAUGGGCUCUGGCUUGUUGUUGCGGCGGGGAUACUGACCCCAAAGAAGAACCCAGAGUCGCACAAAUUGCACAGAACUCUUGCCCAGUUCUGGCGAGUAGCGACUUGGCUUGAGAUCUUCUGCAUAGCGUAUAUGUACCUUAUAACGAUCUUUCCCAUCGUCAUAACCGAAGAAGCAGCAACAGUCAGAGAGAUCAUCGCCAAAAUCUCCUGCGAACCGAAAGACCUCAGCGCCAUCGAGCUCUGGAUCAACGACAAACGCCGCAGACCAUCACCUAUCGGCCUCUUAACACACCACCACUCACCCUAUGGCCGAGUUCGGUUAUUCAUCAAAUGGUCAGCAAAGCAAUUCUGCCGCAAGUACAUCAGCAUCGCCAAGCGGGCAUCUGCCACGAACAGGAAGUUCCAGCUAGAAGCAUGUUCUCUACUGGCCGAAGUGCUCUGGCCAUGGUACUGGACUCUAGCUCUAGUCAUGCUGCUGUGGCUGUUCGGCUUUGGGACGAUGGUUGUGAACCUGCGACAGAAUGAUCUGUUGCAUUAUUGGGGCUUCGGGCAGCUUUUGCCUCUAGUGUUCUUGUUGCUACCGCUGUAUGAUGUCGUGUCAGACUUCUCAGAAAAGCGGACUAGGGAGGACGUGUCAGAGGGCAUCAAACCGAGCGAAGGACCGAGCGCAUCGUUGAGAGAUGCGACAUCUAGCGUGUCAUGUGGUCUUCGGGUGUAG